AUGACAGCCCCCUCCUCCUCAACCGAAAGACUUAUUUCCAAGCGCCUCCACAUCUCUGGCGUCAUCCCCGCCACAACCCCCGCCGACCUCAAGACGCGUCUCGAAGCGGUCGGCACCACCGCAAAGUUCAUCGAGGGGUUCGACAAGCUCGACCGCGUCGGGCGGCCCAGGGGGUUCGGGCACGUCGACAUCGUGGGGAGCGAGGACGGGCUAAGAAAACUCGAACGCCAGCGCGCCCCGCCCCCACCCUCACGUCCCCCGAAACACCCGCGCGGCGUGCACCGCACGCACGCGCCCUCCAUGGACCCAGUCUCCCCUGCAGAAGCGAAGAGCAGGAAAGUGUUCCGUGUGGCGGAGACGGGGCGCAUGGUGACGCUCGUGCGGGUGCGGCCGGGGAAGGAGGGCAAGGGGAGGAAGGGGGACCCGCCGACGCAGGCCCGGAGGAGGACGAUUGAUCCGGUGUAG